AUGAGGCUGCAAAACACCUUGAAGCUCGUGGUCCUCCAAGCCAUGGAGUGGCCAACUGCUGUUUCUAUUAAGAAGUACUACAGCUCUACAUCCUUUGGGAAACAUAUACUGGAGCUUCAGGAUGAACUUCCACUCAUGAAGCAGUUUAAACCUUUCAAAACAAGUGGAUGGCCUCUCUGGGAGCUGAUGCAUGAGAUCAUUCUGACUCAGGCCAGAGGAGUCCAUGUCUUCAAUGCUGCAUCCCAGGAUACAAUACAGCACAGGAAAGUGGAUGUUGAAAAUUGUUCUCCCUCUGAGGAUUCUGCCAUUUCCGAGUCACAGAUCACUUCAUCCCAGGCUUUUGAUGAAUCACAGGAUACUUUGUCCCAGGUUUCCAUGCAGGUCUCCUCCACUUUGUCGCAGACCUCUGUCACUUCAUCACAACUACAGAAAACUCCUGCGCCGAAAUGUGCAUCCUCUGAUAUAGCCAACACUCCGACACUCUGGAGUAGCAAAUAUGUGCGUUUGACAGGCCCCAAAGCAAUUCAUUCACUGGGGCAGUCUGUACAUGGUAUCAGUGACACGCUACAUGACAUUUUUGGCACAACCUCUAAAUCAACUGCACUUUCCCCUUCGAAAAAUCUAGCUAUUGCCUGGCAGCGGAUCAAGGAGGAUGUCCAGGGUUUUUAUAUCUCAGAUGAUCAAGCUACUGACUUGAAAAUCCUAUUUGCAAGGGACAAUGCAGCUGCCGAUGCAUAUGGUGCAGAAGAGGAUCCUGUUGAUCAUGCAAAAAUUGCUGCAAAGCUUUUAUGUUAA